AUGGGGUAUAAAAGUACAAAAGAUGCUUUUGAAAAUGCUGCUAAAAAUGGAAAUCUUGAAAUUAUUAAACAUUUACAUGAAUUAGGGUAUAAAGCUUCAAAAUAUGAAUUUGAUUGUGCUUUUGAAAAAGCUGCUAAAAAUGGCAACCUUGAAAUGUUAAAAUAUUUACAUGAAUUAGGAGGAAAUCUUGAAGUAAUUAAAUACUUGUAUGAAUUAGGGUAUAAAGGUACAGAAGAUACAUUUAAUUCUGCUGUUGAAAGCGGAAAUCUUGAAGUAAUUAAAUAUUUUCAUGAAUUGGGGUAUAAAGGUACGGAAUAUGCAUUUAAUUGUGCUUUUGAAAAAGCUGCUAAAAAUGGCAACCUUGAAAUGUUAAAAUAUUUACAUGAAUUAGGAGGAAAUCUUGAAGUAAUUAAAUACUUGUAUGAAUUAGGGUAUAAAGGUACAGAAGAUACAUUUAAUUCUGCUGUUGAAAGCGGAAAUCUUGAAGUAAUUAAAUAUUUUCAUGAAUUGGGGUAUAAAGGUACGGAAUAUGCAUUUAAUUGUGCAGUAAUUGAAAGUGGAAAUCUUGAAGUAAUUAAAUAUUUGCAUGAAUUAGGGUAUAAAGGUGCAGAAUGGGCAAAUAAUUUAGCUGUUAAAAAAGGAUAUAUUUUAUAA